AUGAAUCGCCGCUCCUCUUUUUUUUUCCGGCGCCAACCAUCUACUUCCUCACCAGCAGCCGCCACCAACGGAAAAGAACACGCGGUCACAGAGUCUCCCUCGAAUGGCUCGACUCGGAACCACCCUCCUGAUACCCCGACGAUUCUGCAGAGUUUGAGCGAACAGGCAAGCGCCAAGUCGGUCCAUACAUCGGCGUUGUCUGCUGUUGUCGACGCUGUCUCGCACCGCGAUGAAAUCGACGACCGAAAACUAGCCCUCGAGCAUGGUAUCAGCUUCGUAUCCAAGGUUUCCAACGAAAAACUCGCGACGACGCUGCAAAAUAAGAUCAUUGAGCUCUUCUACAAUGACCUUGCCCACCCCCACGCAACCAAUAUUGGCAACAACUUCGCCUGGAGGACCGCUGAUGGAGGCAAUAACAAUGUCAAUGCACCCGAUAUGGGCCGGGCAGGCACACCUUACGCCCGCAGUGUCCAACAAAGUCAUCCAUUACCCAGGCAUGAGUUGCCCGAUGCCUCAUUACUCUUUGACGCCCUUCUAAAACGCGAGGGGUUUGUUGAGCAUCCCGCAGGACUUUCAUCCUUAAUGUUCAGUUUCGCCGCUCUCGUCAUUCAUUCUGUCUUCCGCACUUCACACACUGACGUCAACAUCAAUGACACAUCCUCUUAUGUCGAUCUUUCUCCCUUGUACGGUGUUAGCCAAGCAGAGCAGGACACGGUUCGCAAGCGCGAAGCUGGACUCGGCCUACUAUACCCAGAUGUUUUUGCCGAAGACCGACUUCUUCUCCUCCCUCCUGCUGUCUGUGUCCUGUUGGUCCUUUUUAGCAGGAACCAUAACUAUAUCGCACAAAGGCUAUACGAAAUCAACGAACGAAACUCUUACAGGGACCCUGGCACUCUGAACGAAAAGGAACUUGCAGCUCAAGACGAACAGCUAUUCCAGACAGCGCGUCUCGUCAACUGUGGGUGGUUUGGAUCCGUGGUUUUCUCGGAUUAUUUCUCGUCUAUUCUCGGUUUGGUACGCCAGGGUAGCAACUGGAGUCUGAAUCCUUUUGGAGAAUUCCGAGACGAAGCACAUUCACUGUUCGAUCGUGGACAGGGCAAUGUUUGUAGUGUCGAAUUCAACUGCCUUUAUCGAUGGCAUGCUACAACAAGCAUCGAGGACGAGAAAUGGGUGAACAAGGUGUUCAACCAGAUAUUCGAAGGCAAAGCACCUGAGGAAGUUACGCGUGAGGACUUCAAGGCGGCAGCUAUCAAGGUGGCUAGGCAGCGCCCCGACGUCCACCACUGGACUUUUGGAGAUAUCCGAAGACAAGAAGAUGGGUCAUUCAAAGACGAAGACCUCAGUCGUAUCCUUAAGAACGCCACUGACCACCCUGCUGCUGCAUUCCGUGCUCGUGGUACUCCAGCCUCUAUGCGGCUACAUGAGAUAAUGGGGAUUGAACAAAAUCGUCAAUGGGGCGUUUGCAGUCUCAACGAUUUCAGACGGUAUCUUGGGCUCAAACCUUACGCGAGCUUCCUCGAGUGGAAUCCAAAUCCAGAGGUAGCUGAUGCCGCCGAGAAACUAUAUGGCAACAUUGAAUACCUCGAGCUUUAUGUCGGUCUUCAAGCUGAAGAAACGAAGGAACUUGGUGAUGGAGCUGGGUUGUGCCCUGGCUACACAAUCAGUCGUGCAAUUCUCGCUGAUGCAAUUGCGCUCACCAGGGGGUACUUGUUCAGUCCUGCAUCACGAAAUGCCUCUGAAAUCUACACAGAUCGGCACUUCACCUACGACUAUACGCCGUUCAAUCUCACAGCCUGGGGCUUUGCGGACUGUCAACGUGAUCCCGAUGCAUACGGCUUUGGAAGCACUCUUGGACGCCUCUUCCAACGAACCCUACCAGAUGGGUUCACCGAAAACAGCACUUACGCAUUUUUCCCUCUAAUGACGCCGACGGCAAUGAAGGCAAAUCUAACCAAACUACACCUCCUCGAUGGUUACGAUAUGGCACGUCCCAAAGACGAAAGGCCUGUGCAGAUCGUGAGCGACUAUGAGACAGUGGCAGAAGUACUCAAGAACACGAAAUUCGUCUCCACAUAUGCCACACGUUCGGCAAGAUUUAUCAAGGGCAAAGGCUUCUUCAUCGUCGAGAGCGAAGAAAAGCGGCAAGAAGUCUUCACCAAGCUGUUUGGUUCUUCGGAUUUGUUGAACAAAGCUGCUACUUUCUUCCGUGAAACAACAAGCAAGCUGAUUGCCUCGUCGUCAUUCAAGUUGGUCGGUGGCAAGACUUCUGUGGUCGACAUCGUCCGCGAUGUUCUCAGGCUUGUGCCCAUCUAUUGGGCUGCUGACAUUUCCGGAGUUGAGCUCAAGACGAAAGACAAUCCUCACGGGGAUUUCACUGCUGUCGAACUGUACACAAUGCUCAGCGACAUUUAUUCCUUCGUCUUCCUGGACAGCGAAAAGGCCAAGAUUAAGGUGGUUGAAGCACAAGUGCAAAGUCAUGUUGAGAAGCUAUUGCAUCACAUCGGUGGUACUUCUCGACUUUCUGUAGUUGGAAGUGUUGCAACACUCUUCAAAAACAAGAAGACAGAGCAGCAUGACAUAGUCAAGCGGCUGCGUGAUCUCGGUCGUCCAGGCGCAGAGGUCGCGAAUAUGGUCUUGGCAAUCAUGGUCGCUUCCGUUGAAUUGUCACUCAGCCUGACCAACCUAUGCAACGCUUAUAUUGGAUCAGAACACCAACAAAAGAUCCAAACUAGCCAGGACAUUAGCGGGUUCAUUCGUGAAGCAUUGCGGGUGGACCCUCCCUUCCGUGGCGUAUACCGAACUGCAACCUCUGAUGUCAGCGCGGGGGGUACCUCUUUCCCAAAGGAUGCGCGCCUCUUCUUGGAUGUUGCCGCAGUUUACGGAGAUGGGGGGCGUUAUGCCAACCCAACGGCUGUCGACUCCGACCGCAAGACCGAGUCCUAUCUCUACGCUGACGGAGCGUUCAAGAAUCUUGGCGAUGCCUUCACUGUGAGAGUGCUGUCAGAGGUCCUCAAGACUGUUUUGUCGUACAAGGGCAUCACACGCGCGCCAGGACAGUCUGGUAGUCUGAAAAGAUUCAAAGACAGCUCUCGCCGUGAUCUCUGCUUCGCAUACUUGGAUGGGAGCUCCAAGUUUUCUGUGCCGUGGCCGGGUUCUAUGACCGUGCAGUAUGAAGCUAGUUGA